AUGCGAAGAAAUGUUUUAAAAGCGGUAGCCCAACGCUUCCCAUGGCUGGCCAAUGCCACUCUGUACGGCUGCAUGUUUGCCAGUGGGGACCUGGUCCAUCAGCUUUUGGCCAAAAAUGAACAAAUGGACUGGAAGCACACCAGAAACGUGGCCAUUGUGGGCUUCUGUUUUCAGGGGCACUUUAACUAUUUCUGGCUGCGAGCUCUGGAGCAACGCUUUCCUGGAAAAUCGGCCCAGACUCUCUUUAAAAAACUGCUCCUCGACCAAAGUUUUGCAUCUCCACUGGCCACCAGUGUCUUCUAUACAGGAGUGAGCUUCUUGGAAGGGAAGGACGAUGUCUUUGAGGACUGGAGAGAGAAGUUCUUUAACACCUGGAAGACUGGACUCUUGUUCUGGCCAUUCAUGCAGCUCCUCAACUUUGCACUGAUGCCUCCACAUUUAAGGACCUCUUUCAUGGCCUGCUGUGCAUUUGUCUGGGCCACAUUUUUAUGUUUCUCACGUCAGAAUGGAGACGGGACAGCUGGCGUCGCAUUAGCGUUCAUUAUGGACCCAAGAAAAACACUUGAGGACCUAGAGGAGGCACGCAAAAAACGCAAACUCCAAAAGGAGGACUUUUGGAUCCACAAGUAGAGAAACAAGCAAUCAAAAGAUACAACUUUUAAAUGAAUUAUCCAAUACUGUCUUUUUCAUAACACCCAGUAACCUUAUUCUUGCAACAUUCACCAAUGUAUAAAGCUCCAACUAUACUGAGGCCUGUUAAAUAUACUGUGUGUAUUCAUUUUUAUAACCCACUAAAUAGUUCCUAAG